AUCUGCUCCUAUGGGCCCCAAAUCCGCUCCUAUGGGUCCCAAAUCUGCUCCUAUGGGCCCCAAUUCUGCUCCUAUGGGCCCCAAUUCUGCUCCUAUGGCCCCAAUUCUGCUCCUAUGGGCCCCAAUUCUGCUCCUAUGGCCCCAAUUCUGCUCCUAUGGGCCCCAAUUCUGCUCCUAUGGCCCCAAUUCUGCUCCCAUGGGUCCCAAAUCCGCUCCUAUGGGCCCCAAAGCUGCUCCUUUUGGACCCAACUCUCCUUUUGGCCCCAAUUCUGCUCCUACGGGCCCCAAAGCUGCUCCUAUGGGCCCCAAUUCUGCUCCUAUGGGCCCCAAAUCCGCUCCUAUGGGCCCCAAAGCUGCUCCUAUAGGCCUCAGUUGGGGUCUUUCAGCCCCAGUUCUGCUCCUUAUGGACCCAAUUCUGCUCCUAUAGGUCCCAAAUCCACUCCUAUAGGUCCCAAAUCCACUUCUAUAGGCCCCAAAUCCGCUCCUAUGGGCCCCAAAUCCGCUCUUAUAGGUCCCAAAUCUGCUCCUUUUGGUCCCAAUUCUGCUCCUAUGGGCCCCAAAUCUGAUCCUAUGGGCCCCAAAUCCGCUCCUAUGGGCCCCAAUUCUGCUCCUAUGGGCCCCAAAUCUGCUCCUAUGGGCCCCAAAUCCGCUCCUAUGGGCCCCAAAGCUGCUCCUAUGGGCCCCAAUUCUGCUCCUAUGGGACCCAAUUCUGCUCCUUUAGGCCUCAGUUGGGGUCUUUCAGCCCCAAUUCUGCUCCUUUCAGCCCCAAUUCUGCUCCUAUGGCCCCAAUUCUGCUCCUAUAGGUCCCAAAUCCACUCCUAUAGGUCCCAAAUCCACUUCUAUAGGCCCCAAAGCUGCUCCUAUGGGCCCCAAAUCCGCUCCUAUGGGCCCCAAAUCUGCUCCUAUGGGCCCCAAAUCCGCUCCUAUGGGCCCCAAAUCUGCUCCUUUAGGCCUCAGUUGGGGGUCUUUCAGCCCCAAAUCUGCUCCUAUGGGCCCCAAAUCUGCUCCUUUUGGACCCAAAUCCGCUCCUAUGGCCCCAAUUCUGCUCCUAUGGGCCCCAAAUCCGCUCCUAUGGGCCCCAAAUCUGCUCCUAUGGGCCCCAAAGCUGCUCCUAUGGGCCCCAAUUCUGCUCCUAUGGGCCCCAAAGCUGCUCCUAUGGGCCCCAAUUCUGCUCCUAUGGGCCCCAAAUCUGUUCCUAUGGGCCCCAAAUCUGUUCCUAUGGGCCCCAAAUCCGCUCCUAUGGGCCCCAAAGCUGCUCCUAUGGGCCCCAAAUCUGCUCCUAUGGGCCCCAAUUCUGCCCCUUUUGCCCCAAUUCUGCCCCUUCUGGCCCCAAUUCUGCUCCACUACGCGCACACCGACUGCCCUGGGCACGCCGACUACGUCAAGAAUAUGAUCACAGGCACGGCCCCCCUGGACGGCUGCAUUCUGGUGGUGGCGGCCACCGAUGGGCAAAUGCCUCAGACCAGGGAGCAUCUGCUGCUGGCCAGGCAGGUCGGGGUGCAGCACGUGGUCGUGUACCUGAACAAAGCGGACGCCGUGUCGGAUCCGGAGCUGCUGCCCCUGGUGGAGCUGGAGCUGCGCGAGCUGCUGGCAGAGCUGGGCUACGAUGGAGAGGGGACCCCGGUCAUCGCUGGGUCUGCGCUGUGCGCCCUGCAGGGCCGUGACCCCGCUCUGGGUCGGGAUUCGGUUCUGCAGCUGCUGGACGCCGUUGAUCAGCACAUCCCACUGCCGCCACGAGACCUGGAGCGGCCCUUCCUGAUGCCCAUCGAGGGCGUGCACUCCAUCCCCGGCCGCGGCACGGUGGUGACCGGCACGGUGGAGCGCGGCGCCGUCAGCAAAGGAGAUGAAUGCGAACUGCGGGGCUACGGCCGCGUGCUCAAGACUGUCGUCACCGGCCUGGAGACGUUCCAUAAGAGCCUGAGCCGGGCCGAAGCCGGGGACAACGUGGGAGCUCUGCUGAGGGGGCUGAGGAGGGAGGACGUCAGGAGGGGGAUGGUGAUGGGGGCACCGGGGGUCCUGAGGGACCACCGCAAGGUGCAGGCGCAGGUCUACGUGCUGAGCGCUCAGGAAGGCGGUCGCCACAAACCCUUUGUGUCGCACUUCAGCCCCGUCGUUUUCUCCUACACCUGGGACAUCGCCGCCAGGGUGCUGCUGCCGCCCGGAAAGGAGCUGGUGAUGCCAGGCGAGGACACGACGCUGGAGCUGCUGCUGCGGCAGCCGAUGGUGGUGGAGGAGGGGCAACGCUUCACCCUGCGCGACGGCUCGCGAACCAUCGGCACCGGCGUCGUCACGGCGACGCUGACCCCCAGCGCCGAGGAAGAGGAGGCCUCCUGGGGCUGAGCCUGUCACGACGCUCUAUCGCGAUAGCGCCCCCCCCCCCCACCCCUUCCCCCCACCCCCCUGGACACCGGGAAGGGCUUCGGUCGUGAUGCGAGGCGCAACGGUGCUGGCUAUCGCGAUAUAUCGCCAAUAUCGCAGCGAAUGUCGUGACGGCAGCGGCGAGUGUCACGAUAUAUCGCGAUAUAUCGCAGCAAAUAUGAUGGCGGCGGCGAAUGUUGCGAUAUAUCGUGAAUAUCGCAGCGAAUAUCGUGACGGUGGCAGCGAGUGUCGCGAUAUAUCACGAUAUAUUGCACCAAAUAUCGUGACGGCGGCAGCGAGUGUCGCGAUAUAUCGCGAAUAUUGUGAUGGCAGCGGCGAGUGUCACGAUAAAUCGUGAAUAUCACAGUGAAUAUUGUGACUGCGGCGGCGAGUGUCGUGAUAUAUCGCGAUAUAUCGCAGCAAAUACCGUGACGGUGGCAGCGAGUGUCGCGAUAUAUCACGAUAUAUUGCACCGAAUAUCGUGACGGCGGCGGCGAGUGUCGCGAUAUAUUGUGAAUAUCUCACUGAAUAUCGUGACAGCGGCGGCGAGUGUCGCGAUAUAUCGCAAAUAUCGCAGCGAAUAUCGUGACGGCGACAGCGAGUGUCGCGAUAUAUCGCGAAUAUCAACUGAAUAUCGUGACGGUGGCAGUGAGUGUCGCGAUAUAUCACGAAUAUCGCAGCGAAUAUCGUGACAGCAGCAGCGAGUGUCGCGAUAGCGGCGCCCAAUAUUGCAAAGUGGGCAGCCAGUGUCGCGAUAGCGGCGCACAGUGUCGCGAUGGUGGCGCCCAAAUAUCGUGAUACUGGGCAGCAAUACGGUGAUAGGGGCGAUAGAUGUCGCGAUAGCGGCGCCAAAUGUUGUGAUAUUGGCCCCUGUCGCGACGGUGAUGCUGCCUGGGGCUCCAUUGCGAUACGGGGACGCUGUCGUGACAGGGCAGAACGGUGCUGACUGUUGCGACAUGGGCACCAAAAUAUCGUGAUAGCGUCACCAAGUAUCGCGAUACAGAUGCUGCGAUAUUGACGACCAAUGGGGGGGGGGUUGAUGUGGGACCGGUGACGGUAGCGCAAUAAAGACACUGGAACUGUGG